GAACCGUUACGUCAGUCAUCGGUUCAUUCUCGCCGUGAGCGGAAUCAUUCACAGCUCAAACAGGCCGCAACGCGCCAGCAAUAACAGUGAUAACACACAGCACACAGCAGCAGGCUCCGGUCUCGCGCACACCCGGAAGUACUGAAUGCUCGGGCGCCAGUGCGUUCAGUCAAGUCUGCACUAUCAACAGCACCAUCAACUAGACCGCCGCAGGUCGGUAACGGGUGGCUCGAACCGGGUCAGGCCACACUCACGUACCAAGCGAGCGGAAGCCGAAAGGAACGAGAAGGUUUGUCCGAUAGGAACGGGUUGUGUAUGGAGCUGCGAAACACUAGAACGUUUCAAAAGCGCUUCCGCAGAGACCGUCGUAGGCGCUAGUAGUAGUAGCAGUGUCCGGCGCCUGUGCCCGUGAAGUGACGAAGGUGGCAGCAAUGGUGAACGGUACGGGACUACUGUUUCCGACGCUGGUGAUACUGAGCAACAGUUUGGUGGACUUCCUGCCGGGCCAGCUCGGCGGUGAUGCGGCGAACGGCACGACGGAGAUACCGCCGGCCCACGACCCCCAGCCCGGUGCGUGUCACGGGAUUUUCGAGUGUUUUCCGAUCGGACCGCCGUGGACGAGCGCCCGCCGGCCGAUCGCCCUGUACCCGGAGAGCGAGUGGAAGAUCGACGUGCGCUUCGCGGUGUUCAAUGGUCGCAACCGGACGUUCCCGGCGUUCCUCGACCUGAAUAAGACGGACAGCGUGUACCGGGCGAAGAUCGACCCGAACGCGAUGAUCUACGUCAUCACGCACGGUUUUCUCGAGUCCGGCAAAGCACCAUGGAUCGAGCAGCUGCUAAACUUGCUGCUGGAUCGGGACCGCGACGCGUCGGUGAUUGUGAUCGACUGGGGUAAUGGUUCCAACCCGCCGUACAAUCAGGCCUGUGCCAACAUACGGCUGGUGGGGGUGAUAGCAGCGCACGUCAUCCACAUGAUAUACGAGGACCUCCGGUUGCCCAACCUGAACCGCGUGCACAUGAUAGGCCACUCACUCGGGGCCCACCUGGCCGGGUACACCGGGCAGGCACUGCGGAUGAAGUUGGGAUUGCGGCUCGGGCGUAUCACCGGCCUCGACCCGGCCGAACUGGCGUUCACCGAAACGGACGAGCUGGUCCGGCUGGACCCCAGUGACGCCCAGUUCGUCGACACCAUCCACAGCGAUGCGACGCCGUUCGUGCCGAAGAUCGGCCUCGGCCUGUACGAGCCGAUCGGGCACCUGGACUUCUACCCGAACGGUGGCUACGACCAGCCCGGGUGCCGGCGCGAGUUUUGGAAGCGCCCCAACACGCGCUUCGUCUCGGACAUGUUUCACUUCUUCAGCUGCAGCCACUUGCGGGCCUACACGUACUUCAUCGAGAGUAUCACCACGCCGCUGAUGACGGUGUCGUGCGACUCGUACGACAGCUACCUAGCCGGUCACUGUUUCAACUGCCGGCGCGACGGUGCGCUGUGCGUUGAGUUCGGGCUGAACAGUGCGGCCGACUACCGCCGGCUGGUGGCAACCGGCAGGCUCACCCCACUGCCGUACGCCCCGGUUCAGUUGUUCUUCCGUACCGGUGCGCACGAACCGUUUCUGCUGCCGAACUUGAAGAUUGUCGCCAAAGUGUCGGAUGCGCCCGCGAGCGUGCUGCACGGACCGGAGAUAGGGCGGCUCGUCCUGUACCUGCAUGCGGGGGCGGGCAACUCGAAGUCGGACAAGAUCUACUUCAACGAACAGGUGAUGUUAUUCGAACCCGGGUACAACUAUUCCGCGAUCAUCGUCGGGUACAGCAUCGAUCGGCUCAGCGCCAUCACCGUGGGCUGGGAGUACGACACGAACCUGCUGAAUCCACUGACCUGGCGGUUGCUUUCGGCGCCACGCGUCUUUCUUGAAUCCGUCACCGUGCAGGCGCUCUCGUCUGGGGUGACGCUACGAAUGUGCCCAGCAUCCCAGGCGCCCAUCACCACCAACGCGCACAGCCUGGUAUCCCAGUCGAACUGCAAACGAGCCCACCCAGCCACCUAAGAUACCCGUUUUCCCCGUUUACAUAUACAUGAACACAUAGGAUUAAUAGGAAUUAAACACUAGGCUAUGAAUGGAUAGGAUUAGCUUGAACCAUUCGUCUCUCCCGAGUAGCUGCCGCCCGCCUACUAGUAUAAAGCAAAGUAUUACACAGUAAUAAAA